AUGGCUACCAAGACUUCGUUCGGCACCCUAGCCCUGUACAAUCUCUUCUCGGCCCUCAGCUGGGCGUACGUCCUGGCCAACGUGGCCCUCGUGUACCCGCGCAUCGGCCAACCCAGAUUCUACGCCGCGACAAGGGGUCUCGUGACCGUCGUCCAGUGUGGCAUGCUGAUUGAGGUCUUCAACGCCGCUACGGGGAUCGUCAAGACACCCGUCUCCACCACUGUGGCGCAGGUGUUGUCGCGCGUGUUGGUCGUGGUCUGCAUCUUCCGCUACAUCCCCGAGGCACCAAACGCUUCAGACUGGCCCUACAUCACCCUCCUGCUCGCAUGGUCCAUCACGGAGAUCGUCCGCUACUCGUACUACUUCUGUAACCUGGUGCGCAGCGCAGGCACCCCCAAGUGGCUGACGAUCCUGAGAUACAACCUGUUCUGGGUUCUGUACCCGCUGGGCGUUAUGAGCGAGCUGCUCAUCAUCUAUUCCGCGCUGCCCCACGCGGAGGCCAGAUACGGCGCCUGGGCGAGGCUCGCGCUCGUUGCCGCGAUGCUGGUGUACAUCCCCGGGUUCCCAAUGCUGUACCUCCACGUCAUCGCCCAGAGAAGAAAGGUCAUGAAGGCGUUGAGAAGCACCGCCGCGGGCGCCAAGAAGACCACCUAG